AUGGAAGCUGGAAGUGACAAGGAUACUCCCUACUCGAUAGUCUCCAUAGGCCUCGCCAUCGAGAUGGCUCUUGCAGUCUACGGCGCAUGCGAAGGCAUGGUUUCCUCGGGGGCUGCCUCGAUUCUGUGCAGCCAGAAUAGAUCCAUACUUGGGCCCACAUACUUCAUCAUGAUAAUGGUGUCAACAAUAUUCUUCAGCAGCUUCCUUGUUGCCUUGAUCAUUGCAACAAACAUCGGCGACAAUCUGGACAUGGGAAAGAGCAUUUCGUACUUCUCUGCAUGCCUGAUGGUGGGAAUGACUGCUGCAAUAUCAGGAAAGGUCUGUUCGGCCCUUGGGAAAAGAGGAUUCAGGAUCCUGUCUGAAAAGCCUUCGUUUCUGCCGGUCCUGAUUAUUCUGUUUGGUAUGAUAGAGUUUGUUAUAAUUGUUGUUCUCUCAUGUGCCCUACUGAUGGUCUACCAGACACGUGGAUGA